CAUGGGAACCAAUACUUUCAGUUCUUUCCCAAUCAACUGACUUGGGCUCAGGCACAGAGACACUGUCAGGCCCUGAAUGCAAAUCUGGCAUCUGUGCGCAACCUUGGAGAGUACCAAGCGAUUCAGAGGGUCAUAUUAAAUGGUGCUCGUAAUAAUGUCCCUACAUGGAUUGGAGGUUCAGAUGCUCAAGAGGAGGGUUAUUGGUUUUGGAUUGAUGGAACCCGUUUCACAUAUGCAAACUGGUGUCAAGGAGAGCCUAACAAUGUCGGGGGCAGAGAGAACUGCCUGCAUAUGAAUUGGACAGGAAACCUCUGUAUGAAUGACAUACCCUGUAAUGCCAGAUACCCAUUUGUCUGCGCCAGGAAAGUCAGACGAUCUCUGGAAUGAAGGCUUGGUUCACCGGUCCUCGGAGCAAAUAAUCUCAUAAAUCCAGCUUAAAAUGUUUCUCUUCUUACAUCUUUACUUCUUUUAGUUCACUGCAACGCUACAUAAGGAAUAAGUUGAAAAAUGAUGCAACCUGUAGUUGGAUUGUCUCUUUUAAUGAGUGUGUAAUGGCAAGAAUGCUUUAAGCUUUCACUUUACUUUCCUGAAAGAACAUCAUCUUCAUUAUUAAACCUUUAAGCAUUGAAUCAAA